GAGCUGCUCCCACUCAGACGCCCUCUUACGAGCACGUUGCUUUCCGCUGCACCGUUCCAGUGAAGGGACACAUUUUUCUCGUCGUCUCGGUGCAGAGAAGAAAGUUGUCCACCGACUGUGACAGUUUAAGAAGGACAACCUUGACAGCUAGCUAACCCAACCAGCUAGUUUCCACGGCAGUGACAGCUGCGGCGGCGGCGGAGACCGUUAACCGGAACCGUACGGGACGCAGUACCUACUGGAUGUGUUUGCUGAACAGAACCUGAAGCCGCUGACGAUGUUUUUAUGAAGUGGGAGAAGAACUGAACGGUCAUUGUAAUGGGCAAAGAUUACUACAAAGUGCUAGGAAUAGCUAAAGGUGCCUCCGAAGAUGAGAUAAAAAAGGCGUACAGAAAACAGGCCCUGCGCUAUCACCCCGACAAGAACAAGUCUCCCGGAGCGGAAGACAAAUUCAAGGAGAUUGCUGAAGCUUACGAUGUUCUCAGUGAUGCCAAGAAAAAAGACAUCUAUGAUCGCUUCGGUGAAGAAGGAUUAAAGGGUUCGGCUGAUGUAGGAGGUGGAGGACACAGUGGUCCGAGCUACAACUACACCUUCCAUGGAGACCCCCAUGCAAUGUUCACAGAGUUCUUCGGUGGCCGCAGCCCGUUUGAUCAUUUCUUCACGCAAAAUGGGGAGGAUGACAUGGAUAUCAACGACCCAUUCACGGCAUUCGGCAUGGGAAGAAUGGGUGGCAUGGACGGCUUUCACAGGUCCUUUAAAUCCCACCCAGCAGGCCGUCACCGAGCGCACGAGAAAAAGAAGGACCCGCCCGUGGUGCAUGAGCUGAAGGUGAGCCUCGAGGAGGUCUUUUCUGGCUGCACAAAAAAGAUGAGGAUCUCUCGCAAGAGACUGAAUCCCGACGGCUGCACCUUGCGCAACGAAGACAAGAUUUUAACAGUUGACAUCAAACGUGGCUGGAAGGAGGGGACUAAAAUCACCUUUCCCAGGGAGGGCGAUGAAACUCCCACCAACAUUCCUGCAGAUGUGGUGUUUGUGGUCAAGGACAAACCCCACCCGCUGUUCAGAAGAGAGGGUUCCGAUAUAGUUUACCCAGCAAAAAUAUCACUUAGAGAGGCGUUGUGUGGAUGCACAGUCAGUGCUCCAACACUGGAUGGCCGAACCAUCACUGUGACCUCCAGAGACAUUGUCAAACCUGGAAUGAAAAAGCGCAUUACUGGAGAAGGGCUGCCACUGUCCAAGUUCCCUGAGAAGAGAGGUGACAUGAUUUUGGACUUCACUGUUAAAUUUCCAGACAAACUGGGCCAAAGCACACGCGAUGCACUCAAGCAGAUUCUUCCCCCGUGACUGGAAAAGGACUGAAGUCUGCCUCAAAACCUGACCAGUUAACAUUUCCGGUGGCGCUUUCCUUUGUGCUGUCAUAUUUUGGCCUGGUUGAUUGAGGCUCAGGGUUCCAGCUGAGUUUAACUUCAGUGUCUGACCACGAAAACCAUAUACUUAGUCACUAUCCAGUCAGUUUAAUGAGUGCCCAGAAAAUGUGUGCUUCGUUCAAAGGACGUAGUUGAACCAGAGAAACAGAGGGGUUAUUAAAAGUUCACUGAAUUGCACCCGUUGAAAAUUAAAUGAAGUAACUGAGGAUUUGGAUUCACUACAGACAAUAGUGGGUGUGCUUUAAGGUAACAUGUACCCAGCUGCUUAACAAUACCUCAGGUGGACUGACGCAUGCUUGAAUGUAGCUAAAACUACAUUACUCAACAGGACAUGCUGUUGGUUGGUGUUGGAUAAAAUUGAGGCUUAAAUACUGUGUGGAUCCUAUGAUGUGAAAACAUUGAAGGAAUCAGCACUAAUACUGACCUUUAUUAAGAUUCUCGUUUCAUUUUCAGUGUUGUACAUAUACACUCAUUUUUGGUGUCCCAUAUUCCUGAAAAACAAUAUACUUAAAGUGUUCUCAAGGCUGAAAAUAGUCCACUAAUCAUAACACCCCCUGUUAUGAUUAAUAGGGAAGAUUCAGUCAUGUAAAGUUACAUAUGAACCAUCCUGAUUAGUUCCACACUAAGAUGCUGCUUUAUGCAUUCAUCCAUCGGAUUGUCGAGACGGGGCGAGAGGUGGGGUCACGCAGCAAUGCAGCACUACACAGAUUUUAAAUUCAGGAAGCAGAAAACACCAUCGUUACUGUGUGUUGGCAGAAAUCAGAUUGAUGGAUCUGUAGUAUUAAAUAUCGCACAUGUUGCAAAAUGUUUACUACAGGAGUGCACACAUUAUUACUCAUGUAAAAUAUUUAUUGGAAGACUUUAUGUGCCAAACUGUUGUCCCUGUGUAAUUAUAAUAUGUAUGUGUGGGUCUAAAAGUGUGUGGAGGGCAUGUGUGUAUCCUGUCAUGUGUGAUCGACUAAAAUCUUACAUAAUUUCUACCCUGUUAAGAUACGUAGUGCAUUUAUGAUAUUUAAUCCGAAUAUCAUACGUAUUUAUAUUUUAGUUCAUCUGUUCUAAUAAUUCUGUCCGUUUGACUGUUUAUUGAAUCAAAAGCCAGUGUGUUUGUUGUUCUUUUUAGCCAACAUAAUAGAAACCUGAUGCAUCAGGUUAAAUGUUACGGACGGGGAUGUGAAAAAAAUUCAUUUGGUUUGAUUAUUUUGUCUUACACCAUGACCUCUCUUUUACCUCACAGCAUUCACUCCAAAAUACAAAUGUAUCUGGAAAUAUGUAUUGUCACAGUUCAGCAGGAAUCUGUGGUGUUGAUGGAAGUUAGUAAAUUAGUUGAUUAAUUAUGCACUUUCAAUUUUAGUGUAGAUGUGACUGUCGUAAGGGGGAGAGAAACCCCGUGACAGUAGUUAUUUGCCGCUUCAUCUUACCUCAGCUGAGGUUUUAAGUUUCUGGCACAAACAUGUGGUUUAACAUGAAUGUAGAGAUGUGUAAUCUCUGUAAUUUUAAUUUUUUUGUUUCCCUAAAGGGUGUUUUUUUUUUUCUUAUUUCCUUUUGAAGGGAAAAAAAUGUAAAAGCGGUAGUUUAUUUUACCUCUUGUUUAUGUUUUGAAAUUCCUCAGGUUGGGAUCCAAAACGCUUUGACUUUUAACAACAAAGCUUUUAUGAGUAGAUAAUAGCAUGGAAAUUUUUAAUAGUCCUUUCCUAUGCUGUGAUGAUUUGCAUUUCCACAUUAAAGAGACUGGCUAACAAAA